UUGACCAAGCAAAAGUAAGUAAAAUUUAAUCCUAGUUUUUUUCUUUUCGAAAUUAAUAAUUUAUAGAGAGGAUGCUAAUCAAAUUAGGAAUUCAGCAGUUUUAGCUGAAAUUUAAAUUUAAGAGGAAGCACAUAGAAUUAUUGCUAAAAAUGUGGGGUUGAUGCCUCACAGUUCUCAUGGAUGAUGCCUCUCAGUUCCACACACCUAUUUUUACCGCUCACACAUCCGGUUAAUUUUGGGCCAUUGAUCCGACGGCCGGCAAUUGGAAGGAGUGUGUGAAAGGUGAGAUUUUCUUCCUUCUGUCAGACCUCUUCAGUGGAAGCCCGAGUCCAAGGUAGGGAGAUACUCCAGCAUCGAUGAAGGCUAUAGUGGUGAGCGCUCCAGGUGGACCGGAGGUCCUCCAACUACAAGAAGUUGAAGACCCAGAGUUCAAACACGAUGAGGUCCUAAUAAAAGUUGAGGCCACAGCCCUGAACCGAGCUGAUAUCCUUCAGAGGAAGGGCCUGUACCCACCACCCCCAGGUUCCAGCCCUUACCUGGGUCUCGAAUGUUCUGGAACCGUAGUGGCUGUUGGGAAACACGUCUCACGCUGGCAGGUCGGUGAGAAGGUGUGUGCUCUGCUUACUGGAGGAGGGUAUGCUGAGAAGGUGGCUGUUCCAGCUGGACAAGUACUUCCUGCUCCACCUGGUGUUUCUUUGAAGGAUGCUGCUAGUUUUCCUGAAGUUUCGUGCACUGUUUGGUCAACUGUUUUUAUGAUGAGCCGGCUAUCUGCUGGCGAAACGUUUUUGGUUCAUGGCGGAUCAAGCGGAAUUGGUACGUUUGCAAUUCAGAUAGCUAAAUACCUGGGAGCAAAGGUGUUUAUCACAGCUGGAAGUGAAGAAAAGUUAGCUUUUUGCAAGGAUCUUGGAGCUGAUGUGUGUAUCAAUUACAAGACAGAGGACUUUGUUGCGCGGGUGAAGGAAGAAACUGGUGGCAAAGGCGUGGAUGUCAUCCUGGAUAUCAUUGGGGCAAACUAUUUCCGUCGAAACCUUGACAGUUUAAGCUUUGAUGGGAGGCUUUUUGUGAUCGCGACCAUGGGCGGUGCUGUAACAGAGCUAGAUCUUCGUGUUGUACUUUCAAAGCGCCUGACCAUCCAGGCAGCAGGUUUGAGAUACAGAAGUCCAGAAAACAAAGCAGCGAUUGUUAGGGAGGUGGAGAGCAAUGUGUGGCCUGCAAUCGCGUCUGGCAAGGUGAAACCGGUGGUUUACAAAUGUUUUCCGUUAUAUGAAGCGGCAGAAGCUCACCGGCUGAUGGAAAGUAGCAAGCAUAUCGGAAAGAUACUGCUUGUUCCGUGAUGAAUGGUUCGGAGUGUUCGGAGCUUGUGAGCAGCUCGGGGCCUGUAUAAUGCUUGGAUAUGCAUAUUUCGUGUGGCAAAUGUUUAAGUUGUAGUACUUUCGUAAAUACGAUAAAUAAAUCCGAGGUUAACGGAUUA